AUGCCUUACCCUUAUUUUCGUCAUGGUAUCAUUCAAGAAGACAUCUUCAUGCAUAACAAAGCACCUUCUCAGAGGGCCAACACCACUGGAGAUUUUUUGGAAAACCGAAUCAUACAAGAGAUGGAGCGGUUAUCAGUUGGCUAUCCAGAAGACUACCCGUACCCGUUCCCGCCCCACCUGAGUCCAGCCUUGGCCGACGACAGACACACACAGCUCAGGAUCUCAGGUUCGGGACAGAUCCAGCUGUGGCAGUUCCUCCUGGAACUACUCUCGGACACCCGCAACGUCUCCUGCAUCACGUGGGAGGGCGGCCAGGGGGAGUUCAAGCUGGUGGACCCGGACGAGGUGGCGCGGAGGUGGGGGGAGCGCAAGUCCAAGCCCAACAUGAACUACGACAAGCUGAGCCGCGCGCUCAGGUACUACUACGACAAGAACAUCAUGACCAAAGUCCACGGAAAGAGGUACGCCUACAAGUUUGACUUCGCCGGCCUAGCCCAAGCUCUCCAGCCGUCUGCCCCGCCCGCCGAGGCCUACGCCCACCCCUACAUGCAUCCUGAUUGGCUGCUUCAUCCCGGCUACCAGGGCGCCCCGCCCCCUGUCAACCUGACAGCCAAUCACUACCAUCAGCCCGUCACCCAGAUGCACCCUGGACUUUUCUCCACUGGCAGCCCGGGCAACUACCUUCACCACCACUACCACCACCACCACUGGCCUCACGGGGCCACCGCCCCACAUGCACCAGCGCCACCACCACCACCAUCAGCAGCAACGGUAGCACCACCACCACAUCCUCUUCCUCAUCACCAUCCCGUCGCAACAGCAACAGCAGCAGCACAACCACCACACAGACCUGCACCAACUCCCCAGGGUUCGUGCCACGAGGGCUUGUCCUAUAAAUACCCGCAGCCUCCGCCCCACUACCGCCACCACCAGCACCCAGUCAUGAUACCAACAGAUGCCAACGGUAUGACGUCAUAUAUGGGAACUUGUUAUUGACAAAUACCUACAGAGGCCCACAGUAUGACGUCAUAUAGGGAAACUUGUUUUUGACUGAUACCCGCACAGGCCAAUGGUAUGCCGUCAUAUAAUGGGUACUCUUUAUUGACAGACACACACCACAUGCUCUUGCAACUGAGAGGGUCAUCCAUAGAUAGGUAUAUUAUGUUACUGGAACUUACCUUAUAUGGUCACUUGAUAUUGACACAUGCAAUCGAAAGGCUCUUGUGACUGACAAGACCAUCAAAUGAUAAUUACACUUGGCGUCCGAAAGAAACUAGAAAAUGUAAUCACCCAUUCAUUGUGUUACAGCCUUGCACGACCCACUCAUGCAGUCUACCAAUUUACAGGUCAAUAAAUUUCACAUCCUCUGACACAUUAAUUAAUAUUUCAACAAUGUGACAAGAUGCUGAGAUAUGGUCACUCAAAAUUAAUGUUAAACAAAUCAGGCUUGGCAAAAUUGUGCGAAAUCAAAGAAACGUAAAAGUGUUCGCCCGUGUACUGAUGUGAUGCUGAAAUGGAUAUGCGUUGGAUAUCAAAUUAAAAGAGAAAACUAUUUUCUCUGCAAUGAACAUCAUCUUCUGAUAAUAUAUUUCCAACAGUUUAGACAACAGAGUAGUCACAAAUACCAUACAAAACCUGGACUUAAUAUUACAUGUGCUCAUUUUGUUUUUGUUUAGCUGCUAUUGGUUUCGUGUACUGCACGAAACCUUUUUUGGACAUGGACUUUGCUAGUUAGAUUUUGGACAAACCAUCUGUCAGUGAGAAGCAGGAGCCAUAAAACUGUCAUGCCUUUGGGUGGUCUCUGGUGGAAUAAACAAAACCACCCUCGUGUGAAUCAUCGGAUGGUUUGGUUUAGUAGACAACAUCGCGCAAGUGCUGGAAUGUCGUGUCUUACUUUUAUUUUCGUCAUGGUGUCAUUCAAGUAGACAUCCACAUGCAUGGCAAAGCACUUUCUCAUGGGACCAAUGCCACUGGACAAUUUUUGGAAAACCAAAUCAUAUCAACGUUGGGGUGGUCACCAAUAAAUAGACCGGAUAUGAAUCACACAGGUAUAUGAAGUCCCAUGAUACUGAUGCAGAAGGAAAUCGACUUUGCUCCCAGUUCAGACUACAAUUUGUUAGCAACGUUCUGUGACAUUUGGGAAGAAAUGAGGGAUUAUUAUGUCCAAAAUUUAAUAGAGCCGUUGUCCAAAGAUUUCAUGCCCUACAAAAAACCAACGACUCCUAAGCAAAAUAACAAAAAGCACAUUUAGUGUUGAAUUCAAGUUCUGCGUGGUAAUGUAUUUUUGUGUGGUUGCCCUGUUAUACGUUUUGUUUGAAACUAUUAAAAUAAAAUAUUGUCUAUUACAGAGGAAAAAGAAUCUACAUUCAUUGAUGCUAUGUAUGUUCUUUUUAUCAAUAUUAAUGCUCAUCAAUACACGUGUGAAGACAUUUUUACGUUCCUUUAAUUUCGUACAAUUUCGUUAAGCUUGAUUUUUUAAAGGUCAGUUUUGAGUGACCCUAUCUCGGGCUACUCUUAACGUGGAUGACAUAUUAAUGUAUCGGAUGAUGAAGAAAUUAUUUAACUUUAUAUUGGCAUACUUCAUGAGUGGGUAGUGCAAGGCUUUAACACGAUGAUUGGGUAAUUACAUUUUCAAGAUUCUUUUGGACGCCACUGUAUUUAUUAUUACCGACACUUACCUUAUAUGGGCAUUUGUUAUUGCCGCACACAAUCUUUUGGCCCUUGUGACUGGAGCUUCACUGCAAAAAGCUUAGAACCGCGAGGAGCGGAUGAAGCUGGUUGUGAAAUCUACAGUGGUGCUCCAACAGUCAGCCAGACUACGGGAAUGUGUGCAGACGAAGGCGAACUGAGAGAGUUAUCUAUUUUUAAGAUCAGUAUAAUGUUGCUGACACUUUUGCCUUAUACAGGCACACGGACAAUGGGGGAAUAACAGUUAUUUGAUCUAGUGAUCGCGAGUUGUGCGCCCUUCAAGAUUCACAUUAUCAUCAAGUGCCACAUCUGUGGGAGACAACGGCAAUCAUGGUUCGCCAUUAAUUCUUUUGCUCGAUAGUUCUCAGAAAUACCUAAAACAUUAUUAUUAUCCUUAUCUUUCCCACAGAAUGCAAAAGUGUGACAAACACCCAUGGAUGGUACGUGUCAGUAACAUUUUAUUAUAAGCACGUGCCGGUAACAAAUGCCCGUUUAAGGCAAUCGUUGGUAAAAGGUGCCCAGAAAAAUCAGAUAAUCCCAAUCAGUUACAAUCGCCCACAUGGUGCAGAUGUCGCUUCCAAAUGCUCGUAUGAAGCGCCGUGAUGAAAAAAAAAGCAAAGACAAAUAAUAUUAUGGAAAGUGGCAUGAACAAGUGUCGCCCAAAACCACAACCAGAGGAACAGACACGAACGUCAAAAAGAACGUCUGGACACUGCUACAGGGGUUAUUUGUAGGACACGCCAAUGUUAGAAAACUUCUUUUGUUCUGAAAAGAGCAGCAAACCGGAUUUGAAUAUUGCUUUCUCAGCGCGAGAGACUCUAAUAUUUAGAGACAACAAUCUAUAUCUUUUGUUUUGAGCAGAUUGUUGUUUGACAUUUUCGUCCUUUGAUUCGUUGUGUAGGGAAACUGCAUAAUAGGGAGCACAACGCUGGGAUUAUUCGAAUUUGCCGUGUGCUAACUUGUCACGUGCUAACUUGUCAUGUCGUGCUUUAUUCAAUGAGAUUCUUUUCGGUUUCUUUUCGUCUCAGUCCAACAUUCUGCCAGGCGUUUUUGAGUUCCGGCUGUUUUAUGCUUGGUCUUAUCGGAGAUGGACGUUUAAUUCGGAGGUCCCACCCCUUACACAACCUAACAGAGUUGAUUAGGGUAGUAAACGCAUUCACUUACCUAUGUCUAUUUAUGAAAACAUAAUCACACAGAUUCGAACCCAGCCCUUUGGGUAUUUUUUGUUGUUGUGUGUCUCGGACAACUUUAAGGGUUGAGGCAGACAUUCGUGGAACUCAGAUAACAAUUGUUUACGAUUCAAGAUUACACUCUUACUCUUAGUUCAUUGUGACAUCUCCCCCUCUAUGUGUUUCUAUAUUUGCGUUCAGUUCUAUCGACUUGUGCGCUGAUCUAAUGAUGUCAUUUUGUGUGCAAAAGGGAGAGAAUCCAAUGUGUGAAGAAAUGUGCCUAACUAUUAUCUCUUAUAUUAUUUCCCUUGGAAAGUACCUUUCAACUUUUCAAGACAGCUGACAUGUUAUACCUUGUAAAUAAAUCUUUAGUUGUCAUAUCAAGAGUUAC